UUUAAAGCUGCCUGAUAACUCUCUAUGCACUUCUGACCUUACUGCCGAAUAUACUGUAUGCAUUCAGCGAAAGGAAACUGAGCGGUGAACAUUAAAGGAUAAGAUAUUCAGGCCACCCAGAGACUACAGUUUCAUCGGUGAUCACCAAGGAUACGCGCCCGGUGCGUGUAGGAGAUGAGCAGUCCCGAUGCGGGUUACGCCAGUGACGACCCGAGCCAGACCCGAGGCACCAGUUCAGUUUUGAUGUCGGGCAUGAGGCAGUGCGCGUGGGUGGACCCGCUCAGUCCGCUUUCUGACACUAAAGUAAAACAGGAGACGCGUUCUUCAGUGGGUCCCGGGCGCGGAAAGAGCGAGUCGCGCAUCCGCAGGCCGAUGAACGCAUUUAUGGUGUGGGCGAAAGAUGAGCGCAAGAGGCUUGCGCAGCAAAACCCUGAUCUGCACAAUGCAGAGCUCAGUAAAAUGCUUGGUAAGUCAUGGAAAGCUUUACCAAUAGUGGACAAACGUCCAUUUGUUGAAGAGGCAGAACGUCUCCGAGUGAAACAUAUGCAAGACCACCCAAACUACAAAUAUCGGCCACGGCGUCGUAAACAGGUGAAACGAAAUAAACGACUGGACUCCAGCUUUGUGCUUCCUGGGGUGGGGGAUGCUCAGACCCCUCUGGGCAUGGAGGGCUUAAGUGUUGGAUAUUCAGAACUGUCCCAAGCUAGGCUGCCUCCAUACUGCGAGAACCAGACUUUGUUUGAGUCCUACAGCUUGCCUACACCCGACCCCUCUCCUAUGGACGCUGAGACAACUGAGUUUUUUUCCCUUCAGGACAAUCACCAUCAGCCAGCAUACAGCUACCAUAACCACCAAGAGCACCACUUUCAGGAAAACACAAACAUUCUCACCAACAUGCAUGGUCAUAGCAACAUGAAAUCACUGACAAACACACAUUUUCACAGCAUUACUCACUGCAGUGUCAACACACAUACAAAUCCGAACUCACACACUUCCAGCAAUACACCGCUCAAUCUAAUGAACAAUGCACACCCACAGCAACUUCUUAAUGAGAGUACCAAACAACAAACCAGUCACAGUUCUGGUACUCAUCUUAAUUCCCUCCCCCACCCAAUAUCUCACACCAUCUUUAACAGAAGCUCUUCUUCUCAUCAAGCCAUGCCUCCUGAUUACCUGAACUGUCCUUCAACUUUGGAUGACCAUUAUAGUUCCAACUCCCAGAUGAAGCAUCUAUACGAGGAGCUGUCACUUCCUGUUGCCCGUCACACGUAUAAGCACAACAUUACUGAGCCACACUCACAGGCCCCUGCAGCAGCCCAGAAUCAAGGUUCUAGUGAAAUGGUGGAUGAGGUGGCUUUUGAGCAAUGUCUCUCUUAUGGGGUCCCCCAUGUACCUUUGCAGGGUUCCAACCUAAUCUCAACUGUACUGUCUGAUGCUACCACUGCUGUGUACUACUGUGGCUAUAGCAAUUCCUGAGAUUUUAUGUUCUUUUUGAUAAAACUUGAAUUGCACAUAUUUUCAUUGCAGCCCCAGACACUGAUGAUCAAUGUUAAAUCAAUGAAAAUUUAAUGUACAUCCCUUUAACUAAUAGAGCUGUCUAACUGAAAUUUCUGAAGCCUCAAAAUAUGUUUUAAAAAAUGUUUAACUUUGUGUAACUUAAUGUCUUUAAAAUGGUAAUAUUAAUUCAUAAUUUGAAUUUUGUUGAUUUUAGUCCAUGUUUGUUAGCUUUGAGGCCAUCUAUAUACUAGUCUGUAUAAUUUAACGGUUGCACAUUUAAAAUUCAGUCUUUCUUUUCCUGUAAAAUAGCUAAAAAAGUACUCAUGACAUAUCUUGUUUAUGGGGCAAAUAAAAUUGUUGGUCCAG